CUACAGAUAAAGAGAUUUGCCUUAACAAGGUUGAAGAUUAGCUAAACAAAAAGAAACGAGAAAAUGAGAUUUGGGAGACAGUUUGUGUCUAAGAUGAUCCCAGAGUGGCAAGAAGCUUACAUAGAUUACGCUUACCUCAAAACCAUUCUUCAAGACAUCCAAGCCACCCGGAAGAUUUCAGUUUCCAACAGCCAGAGCAAACCUUCCUUCGCACGUAACCUAACCAAACGCUACACCCGCAACGCCUCUGUCUCUGAAAAUCACGUCAUUGUUUUCAACGCAGUCACUCAUGCCGACUUCGAGCACGAUAUGACUUACGAGACAGCGUUUUUGAAGGCGGGAGAGCCAGGUGGAGACUCUGAGGCUGCCUUCUUUAGAACCCUAGACCGAGAAUUCAACAAAGUGAAUAGCUUCUACAAGUUGAAAGUGGAGAAAGCGAGGCACGAGUCUUUGGCUCUGACCAGACAAAUGGAAGCUUUGGUUGCUUUCAGAUUCAGAGUUAAGGAGAAGAAACCGUCUUCCACUGAUUCAGUCUCAGUAGACAUCAAUGCCUUAUCUUCCAAGUCUAAAGAAAAUAGUGAUGUACUGAAUCUUUAUUAUUUUGGAUAUUCAGAAGUGACAGUAGGUGAUCUCAUAAAGAACGAGGCCAAUGAGAGUAUUCUUGAGGGUAUCAGGAUGAACAGAACACUGGAAACUCCACUGUCAGCAAUUAAAACCAUCCUCAAGGUUCAUAAGCAGGAAGAGCUUAAAUUCACAAGAGAGAAUCUAAAGAAAGUCGAGGAGAGACUUCAGAGAGCGUUCAUCGAGUUUUAUCAGAAACUUGGGCAUCUUAAAAACUAUAGCUUCUUGAACACGUCAGCGGUUUCCAAGAUCAUGAAGAAGUAUGAUAAGAUAUCAGCAAGAAAUGCUGCGAAGCAGUACAUGGAAAUGGUGGAUAGCUCUUACCUCACUAGCUCUGAUGAAAUUCAUAAGCUGAUGGUAAGAGUUGAAUCUACUUUCAUUCAACAUUUCUCCAACUCAAACCGGAGACAAGGGAUGAAUCUCUUAAGGCCAAAAGAGAACAAAGAACUACAUCGAACCACAUUCUCCACCGGCUUCUUCUUUGGCUGUGCUACAUCUCUCAUAAUAGCUCUUGCUCUGAUCAUCCAUGCUCGUAAUAUCAUGGGCACACCAGGACAACGAACUUACAUGGAAACAAUGUUCCCUCUCUACAGGUUCUUUGGGUUUGUAGUCUUGCAUGUGGUUAUGUACGCUGCUAAUAUCUACUUCUGGGGGAUAUACCGUGUGAAUUACUCAUUCAUCUUUGGUUUCAAACAAGGCACUGAACUUGGUUAUAGACAUGUUCUACUUCUAAGCUUUGGUCUUGGUACACUUUCUUUGUGUGCUGUCUUAUUAAACCUUGACAUGGAAAUGGAUUCUCAAACCAAAGACUACAGAAUAGUCACUGAACUUAUUCCCCUCUUCCUCCUCGCUCUAGUGGUUGCCAUUACUCUUUGCCCCUUCAACAUUCUCUAUCGGUCAAGCCGGUUCUUCUUCCUCACGGUUCUGUUCCGCUGCAUCGCUGCACCAUUUUAUACGGUGAAUCUUCCAGACUUUUUCUUAGCAGAUCAGCUAACAAGCCAGGUUCAAUCACUGAGGAGUCUAGAGUUCUACAUAUGCUACUAUGGAUUUGGAGAUUUCAGACAAAGACAACGAAACACUUGCAGAUCAAACGAUGUUUUCACAACAUUCUAUUUCAUUGUAGCUGUUAUACCCUACUGGUUAAGGUUUCUUCAGUGCAUCAGAAGAAUAAUCGAAGAAAAUGAUCUGAGUCAUGGGUACAAUGCCAUCAAGUAUCUCUUGACCAUAGUCGCUGCUUGUCUUAGAACAGCAUAUACUCUCAACAGAGGAACCACCUGGAACAUCACAGCUUGGAUUUUCUCAGGAGUUGCAACGCUUUACGCAACUUACUGGGACAUUGUUAUUGACUGGGGUUUGCUUCAGAGAGGAUGUAAGAACAGUUUCUUGAGAGAAAAGCUUCUUGUUCCUCACAAAACCGUCUACUACGCUGCAAUGGUUUUGAAUGUUUUGUUGAGGUUAGUUUGGUUGCAAACAGUUUUGGAUCUGAAAUUCUCUUUCUUACAUAGAGAAACUCUUGUCGCGCUUCUGGCUUGCCUUGAGAUCAUACGCAGAGGUAUAUGGAACUUCUUCAGGCUGGAGAAUGAGCAUUUAAACAAUGUUGGGAAGUUUAGGGCGUUCAAAUCUGUUCCAUUACCAUUCAACUACCAAGAAGAUAGAGAUCAAGACAAUUAGCUGAGCAAGAUAUAUACAUGUAACAUGGUUAUACGAUCUUAAGACAAACGAUUAACGAAAGUGGUUACAUGCACAACGUUCACAUGUUUAGGCUUUUCAAUAAGCUAUUGUUGUAAAAAGCAGACACAACCUUCUGUUAUUUGGUUACUAAAACAAUCACAAGAGGAGAGAAACCUAGUUAUAGACCAGCUUAUAAACAAUGCUGUAAAACUUAAGAGAAAACGCAACGUUUGAGCCAUGUCAACAAAGAUAUAGAGACAUCUCUUUUGGUAUAAUAUCUUUGAUUAAACAUAUAAAGUUUGACUAAUAUUCCUCCCUAACUCCCACAAACUCUGUGAUCACUGGUCCUUUCCUACAGAUUCACAUAGACUGGACCUGUCAGAAUACAUUGUUACAGGUCUAUGCUGAAUGAUAUUACAUCAUCGCACGUUUGACUUACUUUUUUGUAAAACAAUCAUUUAGCUGCAGAUAGAAUCCCAAAAGGGUCUGUCUAUCUUCAAUUGUUUCACAAAGACUAUCAUCAUCCUACUAUAAGUUUUUUCUCUUCUUCAGAUCUAACUAGAUAAAAAUGUCUUCAAUGUAUUUGCCAAAUAAUUAUUCAUAGCUUUUAUUUAUUAAUGAAGUAAAUAUAACAUUAUUACAUGUAAAAAAAAUCCUAAAUUACCAAUGAGUAGCCAUUUAACCUCUUUCAGAAGACACAGCUCUUGAUAAUCAUGAUCCCUAGAGUAAACACAAUGAGAUUCUUAUUAUCUGAAAGUGGCUCAAGGCUGUCCAAAGGAGAGCCACUGUUUUUUUUCUUUCCAAUAGCCUUUCUUCAGAAAGCCUAAACCACCCUUCGAAAAACUAGCUAGAGCUGAGACGGCUAUCAGACAUAUCCUCAAUGGUAGGAGUCGGAAGUCUAUGGGAUUGUACGAGCUAACAGCCGAAAGCUACUGAAUUUGGUAAUAAAUCUUCUGUCAUAAGCCCUUGCUUGCUAUUUGUGGUAAUAUAGGUCUGUGUUCCUAUUAGUAGAGAAGAUCUUAGAGAAACAGUAACAUGAAGAAGCGAAAACAUUCUUUACUAACAAAUCGAUUGUCUGACAAGAUUUGAAUCAUACAGAGGGAUAGAUUUACAUAUUUACUGAAUGCGUGAACAAAAGAAGAAACAAAGUGUACGUAAUACAACAUGAACGGUCUGAGAAGGCAGAGUUUCUUGUGCCACAGGGAAAUGGUUUUAUUAUGCAUUGUUUUAUUUAGAUUCUCAUAACAUCAAGGUAAGCUUUUCCAUCAAGCUUA